AUGUUCGAACAUUAUAAAACGACUGAGAAGGACAAAAAGUCCAAUUUCUCCCUAAAAGUUUUUGUCAUUCUCCUAGUCUGGAUCAUCUCAGUCUAUGCAGUUGUCACCUACAUAAGAAGUUCCGAUGAACCAUCUUGUAAAUCAGAAUCUCUUCCUGUAAGACACAAAGGUGUCUGCAAAUCACCGGAAUGCAUCACAUUGGCCCAUCAAUUGCAUAAUUGGCGUGACGUGUCAGUGGAUCCAUGUGAAAACUUUUUCAAAGCGGCGUGCGGCAAGUACAACGAGCAUAAUCUUGAUCCAGAAACUAGGUUCAACACAAAAACUGGAAUAGUUGCUCGACUGAUUGAAGAUAUGAUGGCUGGAAUCGCGGAACUUGGCCGGGAUCAGCUUGGAUUCUUCCAGUUCACGGUUAUCAAUCAGUAUUUAGUUAUAUCCAGAGACCCCAUCCAAUCUGAAGAUCUCGCAACUGGAAUCAAGAAGAUAUUGAAUGAAACAUUGAGAUUAAUUGAUGAAAAACCAGAUGCUGAUCAGAUAGGUAGAGAUAUUCAAGAUGUGAUGAAAUUGAAUAAAGAGUUGCAAGAGCCCAAUACAAACAUUUCCGGCGCAAUUCAUUUAUCUACACUUCAAGAACAUAUUAGUCUUGACUUUACCAGAAUCAUUAAAAGUCGUAUUGAUCCGAGAAGAAAAGAAAAAGUUUGGAAGAGAAUUCAGAACAAAACAGUGGUACUCAUAGACGCGUUGUAUUACAGUGAUGGGAAGAAAAAUUUGGAAACUAUACUACAAUCCAGUUCAAAUCGAACAUUGGCAAACUACUUGAUGAUUCGUUUUCUAAUUUCACUGGAAAAGCAGAAAACGUCUGGAAAAGAUGAUUGUACUGGGGAAGUUGUAAUAAAACUGCCACUUGCUGCUCUCCGAAUGUUUUCUCGCAAUCAUUUUGACAAGGAAAACCUUCAAAUUGCCUCUGACAUGGUUGAGGAUGUUAUCGAAAGUUUUGUUGAAACUAUUCAAGCAUCUUCAUGGCUUCACGAAACAACAAAACAGAGAGCUAUCAAGAAAGUGAAAAAUAUGAAGAAAGUUAUUGGUUAUCCAAAAGAAUUAGAGGUUCCCGGCACGUUGGAUAGGUUUUUUGAAUCGCUCAACUUGUCUGACAUCAAUAUGACAUACUUCCAAACAAAAAUCGAGAUUGAGAGAUUUCGAACCAUUCAGUCUAUGAAUCAUUUCGCAGCGUUGUUCCCAUUUGAAUCGAAUGAUCGAUAUGUGGUCGCCAAUGCCUUCUACCAUCCAACACUCAAUAAAUUAACUCUAAACGUUGCUUUCUUGGAUGAUCCAAUCUUCGAUUCGACAUAUCCAAAAUAUGCAAAAGUGGCUAGUAUUGGAGAGACGAUUGGUCAUGAAAUAGGUCAUGGAUAUGAUCCAGUCGGAAGACAGAGGGAUGAAAAUGGAGAGGAAAUUAACUGGUGGACACUUGAAGAUUCAGCAGAGUAUGAUAAAAGAUCUCAGUGCCUGAUCAAUCAAUACAAUGAGUAUUACGAUCCAGAUUUUGGGAGAAACAAUUACUGUAGCUCUAGAUCUCAAACAUCUUUGGCUGAACAGUUGACAAGAACACAUCCAACUAAUAGCUUCCGUGUAAAUGGCGUGUUUUCCAAUAUGAAGUCUUUCGCAGAAGCAUUCAAUUGUCCAGUUGGAUCACCAAUGAAUCCGGAGAAGAAGUGUCAAGUUUUUUGA